AAGGGCUCUGGCCUGCUGCUCCCACACCCCCGCCCUGGGCUAGGUUGGCAGGAAGACAGAAGGGGAUCCAUCCUGUGACCCCUCAUCCGGGCCUUAGGCCCGGGCCCUAGACUUCCCGAGCCGGCGAUGACCGCGUGCGCCCUCCACGCGGGUGGGCUUCCCGAUGCCCAGGGCUGGGCCCUUGCGCAGUGCGCGCGCCCUGCACCCGGCCUCCAGCGGGCCCAGCCGUGGCCAGGGCUGCUCCGCUUCCUACUCCUGCUGCUCUUCCCUCCACCCGCUGCCUUCUCUGCCGUGUUCAAAGUGGGGGUGCUGGGCCCUUGGACUUGCGACCCCAUCUUCGCCCGGGCGCACGCGGGCCUGGCUGCGCGGCUGGCCGCCGCCCGCCUCAACGGUGACCUUGCCCAGCAAGGUGGCCCGCGCUUUGAGGUCGCGCUGCUGCAGGAACCCUGCCGGACGCCGGGGUCGCUGGGCGCCGUGUCCUCUGCACUGUCCCGCGUCUCUGGCCUCGUGGGCCCCGUGAACCCUGCGGCCUGCCGGCCAGCUGAGCUGCUGGCUCAAGAGGCUGGGGUCACGCUGCUGCCCUGGGGCUGCCCCGGGGCGCGAUCGGCGGGCACCACAGCCCCGGCCACCACCCCGGCCGCGGAGGCGCUCUACAUCCUCCUCCGAAGCUUCCGCUGGGCGCGCGUGGCCCUGGUCACCGGCCCCCAGGACCUGUGGGUGGAGGCCGGCCAGGCUCUGUCCACUGCGCUCAGGGCCCGGGGACUGCCAGUGGCUCUGGUGACCUCCAUGGAGUCCUCGGAUCUGCCCGGAGCCCGGGAGGCCCUGAGGAGAGUCCUGGACGGGCCUAGCGUCAGAGCCGUGAUCAUGGUGAUGCAUUCGGUGUUGCUGGGCGGCGAGGAGCAGCGCUGCCUGCUGGAGGCCGCGGAGGAGCUGGGCCUGGCCGACGGCUCCCUGGUCUUCCUGCCCUUCGACACCCUCCACUAUGCCUUGUCCCCGGGCCCAGGGGUCUUGUCUGCGAUUGCCAACAGCUCCCGGCUUCGCAGGGCCCACGACGCUGUGCUCACCCUCACGCGCCACUGUCCUCCGGGAGGCAGCGUGCUGGAGAGCCUGCUCAGGGCCCAGGAGCACCAGGAGCUGCCCUCCGACCUCAACCUGCAGCAGGUCUCCCCGCUCUUCGGCACCAUCUAUGACUCGAUCAUCCUGUUGGCUGGGGGUGUGGUGGGAGCCCAGGCCGCCUCUGGUGGCAGCUGGGUGUCCGGAGUUUCGGUGGCUCGCCACGUCCAGGAUGCCCAAGUCCCUGGAUUCUGUGGGGCCCUGGGAGGAACCGAGGAGCCCUCUUUUGUGCUGCUGGACACUGACGCCACUGGAGACCGACUGUCUGUCACUCAUAUGCUGGACCCUUCCCGGGGCCACCUGAGCUCUGCAGGGAGUCCAGUGCACUUCCCACGAGGUGGCCAGGGGCCCGGGCCAGAUCCCUGGUGCUGGUUUGAUCCAAAUGAUAUCUGCAAUGGAGGACUGGAGCCUGGCCUGGUCUUUGUUGGCUUCCUCCUGGUGGUAGCGUUGGGGCUCAAGGGUGCCUUCCUGGCCCACUACAUGAGGCACCGGCUCCUUCACAACCAAAUGGUCUCCGGCCCCAACAAGAUCAUCCUGACUGUGGAGGACAUCACCUUCCUCCAGCCACAAGGGGGCAGCUCUCGGAAGGUGGCCCAGGGGAGUCGCCUGAGCCUGGCUGUGCCCAGUGUGUCAGACAUUCGCAGCCAAACCCAGGAAAGCUCCAACAUGGGCCUUUAUGAGGGAGACUGGGUUUGGUUGAAGAAAUUCCCAGGGCAUCACCACACAGCCAUCCGCCCAGCAACCAAGACAGCCUUCUCCAAGCUCCGGGAGCUCCGGCACGAGAACGUGGCCCUUUACCUGGGGCUGUUCCUGGCGGGGACAGCAGACAGCCCGGCUGGCCCCGGGGAGCGCAUGCUGGCCGUGGUCUCGGAGCACUGCGCGCGUGGCUCCCUCCAGGACCUCCUCGCCCAGAGAGACAUAAAGCUGGACUGGAUGUUCAAGUCCUCCCUCCUGCUGGACCUCAUCAAAGGAAUGAGGUAUCUGCACCAUCGCGGCGUGGCCCACGGGCGGCUUAAAUCACGCAACUGCGUGGUGGACGGGAGGUUCGUGCUCAAGGUCACCGACCACGGCCACGGGCGACUGCUGGAAGCCCAGAGGGUGCUACCGGAGCCCCCCAACGCGGAGGAUCAGCUAUGGACAGCCCCCGAGCUGCUGCGGGAUCCGGCCCUGGAGCGCAAGGGGUCUCUAGCUGGCGACGUUUUUAGCCUGGGCAUCAUUAUGCAGGAGGUCGUGUGCCGCAGCAUGCCCUACGCCAUGCUGGAGCUGACCCCCGAGGAGGUGAUACAGAGGGUGCAGAGCCCCCCUCCGCUGUGCCGGCCUGUGGUGUCCAUGGACCAGGCACCCGUGGAGUGCAUCAAGCUGAUGACACAGUGCUGGGCAGAGCAGCCGGAACUUCGGCCCUCCAUGGAUCACACCUUUGACCUGUUCAAGAGCAUCAACAAGGGCCGCAAGAUGAACAUCAUCGACUCCAUGCUUCGAAUGCUGGAGCAGUACUCCAGCAACCUGGAGGACCUGAUCCGGGAGCGCACAGAAGAGCUGGAGCAGGAGAAACAGAAGACAGACAGGCUGCUCACACAGAUGCUGCCUCCAUCUGUGGCCGAGGCCCUGAAGAUGGGAAUACCGGUGGAGCCAGAGUACUUCGAAGAGGUGACACUGUACUUCAGUGACAUUGUGGGUUUCACCACCAUCUCAGCCAUGAGUGAGCCCAUUGAGGUGGUGGACCUGCUCAACGACCUCUACACCCUUUUUGAUGCCAUCAUUGGUUCCCAUGAUGUCUACAAGGUGGAGACAAUCGGGGAUGCCUAUAUGGUGGCCUCGGGGCUGCCCCAGAGGAACGGGCAGCGGCAUGCUGCAGAGAUUGCCAACAUGUCUCUGGACAUCCUCAGUGCCGUAGGCUCUUUCCGCAUGCGCCAUAUGCCAGAGGUGCCCGUGCGCAUUCGCAUCGGCCUGCACUCAGGCCCGUGCGUGGCCGGCGUGGUGGGCCUCACCAUGCCCCGAUACUGCCUGUUUGGGGACACAGUCAACACUGCCUCGCGCAUGGAGUCCACUGGGCUGCCUUACCGCAUUCAUGUGAACAUGAGCACCGUGCGGAUCCUCCGCGCUCUGGAUCAGGGCUUCCAGAUGGAGCUGCGCGGCCGCACCGAGCUGAAGGGCAAGGGCGCUGAGGACACCUUCUGGCUGGUGGGCAGACUCGGCUUUAACAAGCCCCUCCCCAAACCGCCUGACCUGCAGCCCGGGGCCAGCAACCACGGCAUCAGCCUGCAGGAGAUCCCCCCAGACCGGCGUCGCAAGCUGGAGAAAGCCAGGCCGGGCCAGUUCUCAGGGAAGUGAGGCCCAGCUGGGGACAGGGUUUUUCCGGAAGGCCUUUUUCCUGAAAGUUGCUGCUAUAAGUGAUUGAAAGUUGGGCUAAUUCCAGUGACAUCUGUCCAGCUCUGCCUCCAAGGAUUCUGAGCCUUUACAAGAACUGGCUGCAAACCAGCUGAGUGGCCUUGGGAAGGUCUCACUGGAUCUCAGGGCUUUGGUUCCUUUCAACAGUGGAAUGACAAGGACCUAAGUGGUUUUCACUGGCCCUGUGGCCCGGCACUGACCGCCGGGCUUCAGAAUGUCUGGCCAUGGAACUUGGACACUGUGGCGUACUUGGUGACUAUAGGGUCCCAGGCUUAAAGAGCCUGAGUGCACAAGGGGGUGUUGGGGUGGGGGAUGCUCACUUUCCAGGGUCUCUCAGGGACCCACGAAGGAAGGCCUGGGAUUGCCACCCCAGGGGAGGUGGAGGCCUUGGGUUUCACUGAAGCAGGGGUGGUCACGUGGCCAGGCGAGGCCGGGCUUCUGUUAGGCCUAAAGACUCCAUUGCCUGCUGGUCAGCAACUGGCUGCUUCUCCAGUGGACAAAACCAAGUCAGUGGCUGAUGCACAGAGAAAAGCUUCUUUUGAGGCUUUGGGGGAAGGAAAUUAAACUGCACCGAACUUUACUAACCAGGACAGUGGAAGCCUAGGAGUAUUCUCUGUUUAACUGACCGCUGCUGAGCAGACAGUUGGACAGAAAGUCCCCUCUGCUUAGCUCUUCGCAGUAACAUUCAGUUCUAGCAAGUCCCCCCACUUGCGCAGUUUCCUUUGUGAAUCUCCAGUGUGCUGGAGCCCGGGCUUUGGCGCGUUGGAUUCUUAUUGUCCUCUGCCACUGCCACCCUGGACGAAGUUAGCAGUAACUGCAGCAUUCUGUAGGUAGUGAGUGUCCAGUCCCUGAAGGUCAGCAAAUAGACCUGGAGGCAUUACUGACACGCAACCACGGGGGGAAUUCCUGGGAAUCACGGGGAAGGAUGAAGUAAGUCCUCUUACAGAAAGUGCGGCUGGUGGGGCAGCAGCAUUCUUAAGGAACUUGUUAGAAAUGCGGAAUCUCGGUCCCACCCAGACCUGCUGAGCCUGUGUUGCAACAAGAUCCUUCUCCACACUGAGGCGCAUAGAACUGAAUGUAGCAUCCCUAAGUAUCAGAAUCUCGAGUUUCUUAAAAGUAACUAGACUGGCCACUAGACUUGUUUUGUUCGGCUUAUGGGGUGCUUUUGUUUUGAGCUAAUGCUUAAAAUUAAUUCUAAAUCAGUAUAUUUUAAAAAUUUUACAGUCCUCUCUCAUCCACAGGGGCCUGGUUCCAGGACUCCUGUGGAUGUCAAAAUCCUCAGAUGCUCGAGUCUCAUGUAUGAAAUGCGAUGGAGCCUGUGCACUUCUCCUGUGCUCUUUUAGACGUCUCUAGGAUACUUAUAUCCCUGACACAGUGUAAAUGUCGUGUAAAUACUUGCUGUUGUUUAGAGAACGUGAACGGAAGAAACGUGCACACAUCUUAAGAACAGAUUCAGUGCAACCCCUGUAGGCUUAACUUCACAAGCCACAGUUGGCCGAAGCUGUGGGCACAGCACCAGAGGACUGUGCCGCACUCCUGUGGGGUCCGCGUUACCCCUCAGCCACGUGCAGGGGCUGAUUGCUUCUCUCCGGGGCACACUUCAGUUUUGAGGUCCCCCCACUCCAACGCACUGAGGUUUUCUAGACACCCCACAUCUGGCAGCUACAUACCAGGAUUUUUUGGUUUUUGCUCCUGGAAAUUGGGUUCUUUUCUCCCCUGAUAAUUUGAUUAACGACUUCUUUCCCAAAAUAAGGAAAGGAUUCAGAAGCAAUAGCAAAUCCAGCCCUUAAAAGUUCUGGUUACCUAAGGUGGUGCCGUCAUAGUGAGUCAUUUAGUGUAGUUCUUAAAAGUAUUUUGAAUUAUAUUCACAGGUGGUAAAUUAAAGAUGAAAACAAAAAAAGAAAAGCCUAAAUUGUACAUGAACCCAAAUUUUCAAAAAUGAUUUACAUUGUUAAACGGCUAUAAGAGUUUCUCUGUACUUAGGUCCUAAGGAUUGAAGGGUCAUUUUGGCUGUGGUGGUCUUGGACCUGGCGAUGUGGUAGUAGCUCUCAGGAUCCUACCUUUGUCUCCCUACUGUUCUCCUCUUCCCUCUUCAAGCCUGGGGCUAGAAGGGUUAGUGGUAGCUCCAGGAGCCCCCUGAAGAGGAGGAGGAGGAUCGAGGGCCUAAGUCUGGCUUGGGGUCAGGGGAGCGGGCAGGAAAGGCAGGUCCUCCCCACCGCUGGCCCUGCCUCACUCCCUGGCCAGCUGCUUGUGAUCUGAUAACCAGCUGGGAUGGGGUGGCUGAUGGGACCCCUUCUGUCUCUGUCUGUCUGUCUGUCUCUCUGUCUCUGUCUCCUUGGGGUGCCCCCUUUUUGCCCAGCAGCUUCUCCCUAUCUUUCUCUUCGAUUUUUGAUAUUUCUGGGCCCCUUUUUCCCUAGGCCCAGUGCAUUACCAUCCUUAGAGCCCUGAGCCCAGUUUUCUGCCUCCCCAGCCCCCUGUCGCUCCUGCAGGAGGGGAUCUCCCUUAGUCACUGGCACUCCCCACCCUCAGCUGUGUUUACACUACCUCGGCCAGCUGGCCUGUGCCCUUGGUUGGCACGGCGUCUCUUCGGGAUGGCUCUGUGGCUGGAACUAGCAGUGGCCAAAGCAGGGACUUGCGUAGGUGUUGCUUCAGUCUCCCAGCCCGGCCCGGGCCCCCCAGCUUCUCUGCUUUGUGUUGCUCCUUGGGGUCUGGGCCUCGAUCCCCGGCCGUGUCUGCAGUGGACUGCAGACAGCGCUCUCUGAGGAGGUGAGCUGAGCUGCUCCUCGGUGGGGAUUUGUGACACUGUACCGUGGGGCUGUGUUCACUGGGAUGCUGUGGACCUCAUGGUGCAGACCCCAGGAUGCGUGCGGUAGUUUGGGCUGGGAUGGUGAGAGCCGAAAUAAAGCUGUGCUUUCUUUCACGG